GAGCCAAACUCUGCAAAUACGAGCCCGCACGCGACGCGCGGACACAGGGCAUCUCUCCUCACUGUCACAGAGCCGUAACUGCAGCGAUUUUCCACGCGUACGCCGCAGCGACUGAUAUUUGACUCCAGCCGCGCGCGCGCGAAACCGCAGCUAGACGCCGCCGCCGCGACGCAAAAAACAACAGCAAGAAGGCACAAAUGAAGUUCAGCCCGGAGCACAUGCGCGCGCGCUGCACUUUACAACAAGAAAACCCCAAGAGGGGCACGUCCGCGGCUAGGUACGAUAGGUACAAGUGCGCCACGUCAUUGCAGAUGGUCCUGGAUCUCGGCGGUUCGAGGGGUGACUUAGCCAACGACAUCAUCAAGGGUUUCAUCCACAUCGAAGAUCAGUCUGUGAAGGACGCGUUGAUGGCGACGAGGAAUGCCGUGGAAUUGCGACCGCCCUACGAGAGUCUGUAUAGUACACCGGUGGAGCCCUACGUGCCCGACGACGCGGAUCCGCUCGGCGUGACGGAUGCCGACCGAGACGAGGCCCGGAAAUACAUCCGGUGGUUGUUCGAGCAAAGACUCCACCGCGAAACGAAGAAGAAGCCUCGCUUGUCGACGGGCGACAACGCGGACAAAUGUGCGGAACGAAAGCUCAAGCUGAUCGAGUUCGUCAAGGCCAAUGGUGGCGACGCCGACAAGGUCGAGCGGGAAAUUACCGUCACCUGCAAGCAGCGCAUGGAGGGCAACACGGAAGGCGGCAUCGACUACUACUUCCACUCGUCGGACGGCAAGCGCUACCGCUCCAAUAAAGAGGUCUGCAAGAAGUUCCUCGGCAUCAGCGACUUCGUCUCUCCGCCGAAGAAGGCGAAGACGGCGAAGUAGGUCUAUUGUGUUUAACUCUACGUGAU